AGUGAGAAGGAAGUGAUUCAAGAUAAAAGACAAGAAGAUGAAGAGAAAGAAGAGGAAGUGAGAGAAGAAGAAUGAGAAGAAGGAAGUGAUGAAAUAUGAAAAUGUCGAAGGUGUCAUGAAGUGAAGGAAGUUACUGAUGAUAUGGAGAGAGAUAAGGAAAGGGAAGUGAUAGAACAAAAUUAACUAGGAAGUGGACCCCACUGAUCCCUGACCUCUGACCUUAAAUAUCACCUCCAUCCUAAAAGGUCUUAACUUAAAUAAACACAAUAAACACACACACACACACACACACACACACACACACACACACACACACACGCACAGGGGUGACUGUGACGUCAAACCAGAGCGCAGCUGACUCGCUCGCUCCACAGUGCCACGCGCUGCUGACCAGCCUCGCGCUCUCCUGCAAAUCCACUCCACGCGGCGGCUGCUGCUGCUACACGCUCCACGAGCUCCACCGAGGAGGAGGCAGAGGAGGAGGAGGAGGAGAAGAAGAAGAAGAAGACGAGCGAGGGGUGGGGGAAAACCGGGAGGUCUCACGCGGAGAGAGGAGGAGGAGGAGGAGGAGGAGGAGGAGGAAAGAGGAGGAAGGAGACUCAACCUCGCGCGCACCACCAUUAUUUACCGGACACCAUCCAUGGAGACGGGUCUGACGGAGAGCUCGCGCGGUCUCCUCAAAGAGAAACCCGAUUAACGGACGCCAGCGCACCCCCCCACCACCACCUCACCCAGCCCGCCCCCCACCUCCUCUCCCUCCGCCCGGAGCCAGGUGUUGCAUCCGUGUGGAUGGAGAGGCACGAGACGGAGGGAUGAGCUGUGUUUGAGGAGCUCCUCGCGCCCUCCACAUUGAUCCUGUCUGCGGAGCCUCACGCGCAACAACAAGUUGACAUUAUUUAUUUAUUUUUUUCAGCGCGAGACGCGGAUUUUAUCAACGGAUUUUGUCGCCGUUACUGGAUUUUUUUAAACCUUUUAUUCUUUUCUUAAUUUAUUCGUAUUUAUCUAUUUAUUUUUGAAAAAACGCAACAGCAGAUUUUUUAUUUUUUUUGUGAAUUGUUAUUAUUGUUAUUAUCAAUAUUUUUCUUUUGGGUUCUACAUCGGCACGCGCAAAUAGGAAGCCAAUGGCAAACUAAACAGUCCAGGUGUGCCUGCGACGCACGAGCCAGUUUUGGGAGCCAGGAGGAGGGGACGGGAGGGUGGGGGUUCAAUUAGAGAUUACAUUUACCCCCCCGGACCCCCUCGGACCUCCCCCCGCCUCGUUUCACCCGGAUCCCAGUCGUCUGUAGCGCCGCGCGGCACCCUGAUGGUGCGGCCGGUUGGGGCACGGUGGCUCGAGCUGCUGUUUGGACACGCCACGGGGUGAUUUUCUUUUUUACCUUUCAGCGCGGGGACACGGUGAUGAUGGUGGUGAUGAUGACGAUGAUGAUGAAGAUGCGGAGGGCACGCGGCUGAUCGGGGGGAGAUGCUUUUGCCACUCGUGGAGGAUUUACGUGCUGUUUCUUGAGUGGGAUCGUUUCGCGUGACAAUGACCUCCAACCGCGCUUUACCCCGAGAGAGGAGAAGAAGAAGAAGAAGCACGCGCCCCCGGUUCGAUGCGCACGAGAGGACGGCGUUUCCCCAAAACCCCUGAGCUAACUCGCGACCGGGAAGGGCGGGAUAAGGCGAACCGACACACGUUAACGGACAGGCGGAGAAAAAAACGCGUGCGGCGGCAACAAGCGGCGACGGAGAUGGAGCUGUCCGAGGUCCGGUGCUCCAGCGCGAGCGAGGAGCUCUACACCAUCAACAAGACCCCGAGCAGCAGCAACAACAGCAACAGCAGCAGCAGCGGCAACAGCAGCGGCAACGGCAACGCGCGACCCAAGCGGCUGCUGUGGCAGACCGCGGUGCGGCACAUCACCGAGCAGCGGUUCAUCCACGAGCAGGGCGGCGCGGGGGGCGACGGAGGCGUGAAGGGCUUCGGACCGGACGAGUCCUACGACCCCGCGAGCCAGGGCGCGCGGAAGCAGUCGGCGGCGGGGCGGACGUCGUCGUCGUCGGUGGUGGUGGGAGGAGGAGGAGGAGACCGGCACAACAACGGCGGCACCAAAGUGUUCCCGGAGCGCGCCAGCAGCGACCUGGGUUUCCUGCAGAUCGACUGCGCACCGAGCAACUCGGACUUCUUCCUCAACUGGGGCUACACGUACCGGGGCGUGAUCUUCCCCACGCUGCGCAACGCCUUCAAGUCCCGCGACCUGGAGCGGCUGUACCAGCGCUACUUCCUGGGCCAGAGGCGCAAGUCGGUGGUGGUGAUGAACAUCCUGGACGUGGUGACCAAGCUCACCCUGCUGGUGCUGCACCUCACCCUGGCCUCCUCCCCGAUGGACCCGAUCAAAGGGACGCUGCUGGGCUUCUUCACGGGCAUCGAGGUGGUCAUUUGUGCCUUAGUGGUGGUGCGGAAGGACACCACGUCGCACAGCUACCUGCAGUACAGCGGCGUGGUGACCUGGGUGGCCAUGGCCACGCAGAUCCUGGCGGCCGGGCUGGGCUACGGGCUGCUGGGGGACGGGGUGGGCUACGUCCUCUUCACCCUGUUCGCCACCUACAGCAUGCUGCCCCUCCCCCUCACCUGGGCCAUCCUGGCCGGCCUCUUCACCUCCGGGCUCCACCUCCUGGUCCAGCUGCUCAUCUCCCAGAAUGCACAGCUCUCCGGCAACCAGGUGGCUGCUCAGGCCGUCCUGUUCAUGUGCAUGAACACCGCUGGGAUCUUCAUCAGCUACCUGUCGGACCGGGCUCAGCGCCAGGCCUUCCUGGAGACCAGGCGCUGCAUCGAAGCCCGACUGAGGCUGGAGACAGAAAACCAGAGACAGGAGAGACUGGUGCUAUCGGUCUUGCCACGUUUUGUAGUUUUGGAAAUGAUCAACGACAUGACAAAUGUAGAGGACGAACACCUCCAGCAUCAGUUCCACAGAAUCUACAUCCACCGCUACGAGAAUGUCAGCAUUCUUUUCGCAGAUGUCAAAGGCUUCACUAACCUCUCCACGACGCUGUCAGCGCAGGAGCUGGUGCGAAUGUUGAAUGAACUCUUUGCACGUUUCGACCGCCUCGCACACGAGCACCACUGUCUGCGGAUAAAGAUCCUGGGAGACUGUUACUACUGCGUGUCCGGCCUCCCCGAGCCCCGGCAGGACCACGCCCACUGCUGCGUGGAGAUGGGCCUCAGCAUGAUCAAAACCAUCAGAUACGUGAGGUCGCGCACGAAACACGACAUCGACAUGCGCAUCGGGAUCCACUCGGGCUCGGUGCUGUGCGGCGUUCUGGGGCUCCGCAAGUGGCAGUUUGACGUCUGGUCCUGGGACGUGGACAUCGCCAACAAGCUGGAGUCUGGAGGAAUCCCAGGGCGGAUCCACAUCUCCAAAGCCGCGCUGGACUGCCUGAACGGCGACUACGAGGUGGAGGAGGGCCACGGGAAGGACCGCAACGACUUCCUCCGGCGCCACAACAUCGAGACGUACCUGAUCAAGCAGCCGGAGGAGAGCCUGCUCACGCUGCCCGAGGACAUCAUGAAGGAGGCGGUGAGCUCGGCCGACCGGCGGGCCAGCAGCGCCACCUUCAACGAGGCGUCCUGGAGCCCCGAGCUCCCCUUCGACAACAUCGUGGGGAAGCAGAACACUCUGGCUGCCCUAACGAGAAAUUCGAUAAAUCUGCUUCCAAACCAUCUUGCACAAGCUUUGCAUGUCCACUCUGGUCCUGAGGAAAUUAACAAGCGAAUAGAGAGCGCCAUCGACUUACGGAGUGGCGAUAAGUUGAGAAGAGAGCAUAUCAAGCCUUUCUCACUGAUGUUUAAAGACUCCAGCCUGGAAGAGAAGUACUCCCAGAUGAGGGACGAGGUUUUCAAGUCCAACUUGGUGUGCGCCUUCAUCGUGCUCAUCUUCAUCACCACCAUCCAGAGUCUGCUUCCUUCUGCCAGAAUGGUAACCAUGGUGAUCCAGUUCUCGGUCCUCAUCGUCCUCCACUCCUGCCUGGUCCUGGUGACGACGGCGGAGGACUACAAGUGUCUGCCCCUGGUGCUGAGGAAGGCCUGCUGCUGGAUCAACGAGACCUACGCGGCCCGGAACGUCAUCAUCUUCGUCUCCAUCCUCAUCAACUUCCUGGCGGCGAUGAUCAACAUCCUCUGGUGCGACUUCGACAAGUCCAGCUCCUUCAGGAACCAGACGUACAACGAGUCGACCACCAUCCCAGACAUCUGCUUCUACCCAGAGUACUUCGUGUUCACCGGGGUCCUGGCGAUGGUGACGUGCGCCGUGUUCCUGCGGCUGAACUCUGUGCUGAAGCUGGCGGUGCUGCUGGUGAUGAUCGCCGUAUACUCGCUGCUCACCGAGGCCUUCUACACCUCCCUGUUCAUCCGCUACGACACCGUCCACCACAACACAGAGAACUUCCUGGGAACCAAAGAGACGUCUUUGCUCCUGAUGGCCAUGUUCCUCCUGGCUGUGUUCUACCACGGGCAGCAGCUGGAGUACACGGCCCGGCUGGACUUUCUGUGGCGAGUCCAGGCCAAGGAGGAGAUCAACGAGAUGAAAGAGCUGCGAGAACACAACGAGAACAUGCUGAGGAACAUCCUGCCCAGUCACGUGGCCCGACACUUCCUGGAGAAGGACCGGGACAACGAGGAGCUGUACUCUCAGUCGUACGACGCCGUGGGCGUGAUGUUCGCCUCCAUCCCGGGUUUCGCCGACUUCUACUCCCAGACUGAGAUGAACAACCAGGGCGUCGAGUGUCUGAGGCUCCUCAACGAAAUCAUCGCUGACUUCGACGAGUUGCUGGGUGAGGACCGAUUUCAGGACAUCGAGAAGAUCAAGACGAUCGGCAGCACCUACAUGGCCGUCUCCGGUCUGUCCCCUGAGAAACAGCAAUGUGAGGAUAAAUGGGGUCACCUGUGUGCGUUGGCAGACUUCGCCAUCGCCCUCAAAGACAGCAUCCAGGAGAUCAACAAGCACUCCUUCAACAACUUCGAGCUGAGGAUCGGUAUGGCUCACGGCUCAGUGGUGGCAGGCGUGAUCGGAGCCAAGAAGCCGCAGUACGACAUCUGGGGGAAGACGGUGAACCUGGCGAGCCGCAUGGACAGCACCGGCGUGAGCGGCAAGAUCCAGGUGCCCGAGGACACCUACCUGAUCCUGAAGGAGCGCGGCUUCGCCUUCGAGUACCGCGGCGAGAUCUACGUGAAGGGCAUCAGCGAGCAGGAGGGCAAGAUCCGAACGCACUUCCUGCUGGGCCGGGUGCAGCCCAACCCGCUCAUCAUGCAGCCGCGCAAGAUCACGGGCCAGUACUCGCUGGCCGCCGUGGUGCUCGGCCUGGUGCAGUCGCUCAACCGGCAGAAGCAAAAGCAGAUCCUCAACGAGAACAACAACUCGGGCAUCAUGAAGGGCCACCACCACUACAACAGGAGGACGUUGUUAGCGCCCGGCGGCUCCGAGGUGGGAGGGGGCCAUCACGCUGAAGCAGCUGAUAAGACUGAGCUGUCCUGAAGAGGCUCAAACAGUCCCAGUGGUUGAGUUAAACCUCCGCCGGUGAAGCCAGACGUUCUCCAGCUAAACUUCUGCAGGAGUUUAGCAAAUUCUUCCCGGAAGCGCGGGCUUGGUUCGGUCACUCAAAUGUCUCAUAUCUGUGUUUCUGUCGGCAGGUUUCAUGUCUCGUGAGAAAACGAGCGGUCAGAGAGAAGUUUGUAGGCAGGUUUAGCAGCGAGAGGGUUCGUCUUCCUCCACUUGAGCUGGGAUACGUGGGUAAUGUGGACAAUGUUUUUUAUGGACGUGAAGGUGAUGGAGCUGAGAGACGUUUCUCUGCAGCACUCUGACGUGUUCUUGCAUCCUUUGUUUUGCAACUUGUGUAACUGAACGGACGGGAGAUGAUUUAGUUGCGGUUACCAGCUUUUUAAUAACAGCUGAUCGGUGUCUGUGAAGGUUCUCAGCCGUCCAGGUCGUGGUCGACCCAAUGAGCCGAAACGAGAGCAGCUGGACUCGGAGGGUUUCUUCACCAUGUUUCAUCCUCGUAGCUUCUUUCCCACCAGUCUUUUAAACAUGAAGACAUCAAUGAAACGUCUUCAAUAAACUCGACGAGUCCAGUUGUUUCUGUUUCAGAAAACACUCAGACUACAGGAGUUUUUCAAAGUCAGGUUAAAUUUCAGAUCUUCUUCUUCUCUCUAAACUCUCACUGCUGGAUAGAUUUAAAGCAGUGGUUCUCAACCCUUUUUAGGGUCCUGGACCCUGUGCACAGUUUUGAUCUACCCUGAGGAUCCCCAUGACCCUGCUCUGGAGGGUGUGGGGGUUCUGUGUCUAACUUAUCAUCUUCUUCGUUUGUUUGUAGCAUUAGCUUAAUUUCAAGUGCUAACCUGAACAUGCACGUUAACACGUUCCUGCAGAUGUUUUGCAAUAAGAGCAUUAUUAAGAUGUGAAUGGUACGAGCCUUAUAAUUUGAAACGGAUGCAGAUUGUGAUAAGUUAUUAACAGCAUCAUGCAGGAACUUUGAACAGUGCAACAGGGAGUGAGAUGUCUUAAUAACUGUAAUUAGAGAAAAAAAAGUCCCGUUUCACUCUGUGGUUCACGUAGAUAAAGGUCUUAGUCACAUUUGAGUAAAAUAAUCCUAUUUCUAUUCAUGUCAAUUACACCACGGAUGAGUCGGAUGUAAACCAAAUCUACUGAUCUAUACUCCGGUCCAGUAGGUGGCAGCGUGUCAAACAAACAGAAAGAGGAAGAAGGAGAAUUUAUAGGAAAAGAACUUUGUAGAGACAAAAAAUGAAAGCACAAGAUUACAUGAGUGCUCUUUCUUUGUUCGGGGCCGGAGCUGUCGACGGUAGCAUGUUAGCUAGUCAUCUGGUUUAGCAUCUGGUUUAGCUCGGUCCAUCAAACCUCGGCCCAGAGCUGAGUCUGGACUACGUUUCAGGGCCCAGAACUCCUGUAGUCUGAGUUUAUCUUAUCCCACCUACAAUCUGCACAGCCGCCCAUGCACUGAUGAGCCAAAACAUUAUGACCACCUGCCCAAAACUCAGACCAGGACCACGUCGCUGUAAGUUCAGAGUUUCUCAGGUCUGUUCCACCGCUGGUUCCGCCCUCAUCCAACACAGGGGCGUCUGCAGGAGGUCGUAAGGCUUCGGCUCGUCUGCCUUCUGUACGUUUCAUAAUGUGCAACACAGAGAAUCAUGUUCAAGCCUCAAAAAGAAAACAAGAAAAAAUCAAGAAAACUAUGAAGCAAUGUUUAAUGGUGUGGUUCCUGUUCUGUUUGCUCUCAGAUGAGUGUGUCCCCCCCAAAAGCCGAGGAAGAAGACUGAAGAUAUAUAUAUAUAUAUAUAUAUGCUUUCCAAUGUCAAUUUUGUAAAUGUUUUAGGAGGCAGGAAGAAGCGCUCACUCGGCUCGUUCGACCUCCAGGAAACACACAGUGCAUUUACAGCGAAUGUAAACAGAAGUUUACCAGAGAACUCCAGAGAACAUCUUUGAGCUGGAAACCAGGACAGAGAAAUGUCUGAGGAGGAGCUGAUCUUUCAACACCAUGAAUGUCGUGUAUGAAUGAAUGAAGUCACCACUUCUUUUCCAGGGUAAAACCCCCUCUGGCUCCUCCCGCUGUGGUUUAACUCAACCAGUGGGAUCAUUUCUGCCUCCUGAACGUCUCUUUGCUUUGGAUGAAUGUUUGUUGAACUAGGAGGUGAUGGUGAGGGAGGGAGGGAGGGAGUUAGGGGAGGGGGGAGGGAGGGAGGGAGGGAGGGAUCUGGACGGGGCCACUGCGUUCUGUUUUCAUCCUCCCUCAUCCCGUCGCUGUCCGAUCCCCUCAGACUGUCUGACCCGUCCUCGCCCAAAACCCUGGAACCCCGUCCCGCUCUGACCCUCGCCCGGUGUCGAUGUUUCUUUUUUGUAUUUCUUUUAUAUAUGAGAACACAAUAAAAAGGGGUCUAAUUUUUUAUACAAA